AUGUUCGAAUUAUAUUAUUUUGAAAUUUCUAUCUUUAAAAUUUCUGACGUACCCUUACACCUUGAAUUUCUUGUGCGGUUUGAUGUCAAAAAUUUUACUUUUUGGGCUAAUAACAGUUGUGAAUAUUUAUAUGAUGAGGGCUAUCCUAAAGAAUUCUUUUUUAAUAAUACUGUCAUUGAAAGUACCUCUCAGGAAAGUUCAAUAGAAAAAGAAUAUAGACGAUUGGAAGAAGAACGUAAGCUGCUAGAAGAAGAAUGUAAUCGACAUAAGGAAGAAUGUAAACAUAGACAAUAG